CCAUUGUACCGCUUCAGUACAUAUAGAGCUCUAUACAUUGCUCCCCAUGACUUCUGCUCCCAUUCUCAUGACGGCAGACGAGAUCAAUUGUCUUAUACAUCAAUAUUUUCUCGAUUCUGGUUUUAACCACUCCGCCUUCUCUCUACGAGCAGAAGGCCGCUUGGAGCAGUCAGCCAACUUUCAGAAGAUCAUCCCUCGAGGCGAACUUGUUGAACUUCUUAGCAAGGCUCAGCUCUAUCGCGAAGUUGAAGCUCACUGGACCGGAGACUCAUUGAUCACAAACUGCAAGACACGCUUCUCCCUUCUUGAGGACCAUGUCUGCUCCCACGAUGGCAAACUCACGAUGUGCAACACCAUUCCUGCACCACUCAUUGAGAAGGACCUGCGCACAAUACCUAUGCACAUGUUGGACCCUUCGGUGAAGAGGAAGGCUGGCACGCCUUUAGACGAAUUGAGGUCGGAAAAGAAGGCGAGAAAGGAUGAUGAUUUGCGAUCGUCAACAGCACAAUCUACUCCACAACCAGAACCUUCUGCCUUGAGGACGGUCACCAACGACAGCCGAGGGUCCUCGACGGAUGUCACGCAGACAGACACUGUGGUAUUAGAUCGCUCUCACCCCAGGAAAGUUAAGCCGGUGAAAUCCUUCGAUGGCGAUCGAGGCCCUGUCAGCAUCCAUAUGUUAGAGGGACACAAGACCGAGGUCUUUGUCUGUGCAUGGAAUCCUAUUCAGCCUAGUAUACUGGCGUCAGGAUCCAAGGACACCGUCGUUCAAUUAUGGGAUGUCCCACUAUCACCUCAAAGCUCGGUUCCUCCAAAUUCUCGGCGAACGGUAGUGCACAUGCGACAAAAUGAGCAAGGCGACUUGACUUCGUUAGAUUGGAAUCACGAUGGUACUCUGCUCGCAAUAGGCUCAUACGACUCGAUCCUGCGUGUGUGCAAGCCCAGUGGCGAGAUAGACUUUGCGCUUUCUCAACAUGAGGGUCCAAUAUUUGCCACUAGAUUUUCGCCGUCAGGCAAAUGGCUAUUGACGGCCAGCCUGGACAACACCGUGGGUAUUUGGGAUGUCAAGAACAAGUCUUUACACUCGCGACAGAAGUGCCACACAGAUUGCUGUCUGGACGUGGACUGGCUCGAUGACGAAAUCUACACGAGUUGCGGCGCGGAUCAUCUGAUAUUCAUCUCGAAGGUUGGGGAGACAACACCAUUAAAGAAAUUGGUUGGACACUCGAACGAAAUCAAUCAGGUCAAGGUCAACAAAUCGCGGAGGCUCUUGGCUUCAUGCUCAGACGACUGGACUGCUCGUAUAUGGAAGACCUCGGUAGUUCAAGAGACUGGGUUCGUCUGCGAUACCGCCAUCGUGUUGGAAGGGCAUCGAAAUCAAGUGAGCGGCAUAAUGUGGUGUCCACCUGGCGGCCCAAAUGACCCCGAGAUACUGGCCACACUUUCAUUCGACACUACCUCGCGGCUUUGGGACGCAACUACUGGUGCUUGCCUUAGAGUUUUCACGAAUCACAAGCGAGCGAUCUUCACACUUGCCUUCUGCCCCGACGGUCGAUGGAUGGCUACUGGUGGCGGAGACGGCUGGGUGUUCGUGUACGAUGUGAAGGAGAGGGAGAAGGUAUGGUCAUGGCGUUCAGAGUCGACACGACGGGGUAUCUUCGAGUUGGACUGGCAGCAAGUGGGCGACGUGAGUCGAAUCGCUGUGGCUUCCGAAUCCAAGCAGGUGGGCGUGAUAGAUGUUUCUGCCAUCUGCAAGAGCACUUGAAUGGCUUGUUUGGUUGCGAUUAUGUGCAUCUGUUAUUGCAGUAUUUAUUUACGGCGGAUGCCACCAUGAGUAUACCCCAAGCAUUGGAAAGCC